UUCACUUUCCAGACUAUAUUCUUAAUGUAAUUCAUCACUUCAAUUCAAGAAUAUUUCACGAUAAUCACCAGUGGUGAAUUCUAUUGUCGCGCCAUCACCAUGUCUCGUGCUGCCUCAGUGCACACUCCAGGAACAACGAAUCCCUUCACAACUCCGAAUUUAUUGAGUCGAGCACCAUCGGUUGACGGGCACACGUCGAGCGGUCGACAAUCAUCGUACUUCCCUUCUUCGGGAGCAAAUGGAGUAUACCCGGCGCGACGAAGGAAAUUCAAAAGUGCUCGACUAGUAGCUGGAGAGUACGACGAAAAGCCAUGGGCAGAUAGCAAGCACCCGAAACUGAAAUGGGAGAGAGCGAUCUUUUACGGAUCGGUGGGCAUCGGCGUCGUGAUUGGUGCAGUAAUCUGCUACUUCGCAUACGCCUCUGUGACAAACCACGAAUAUUGUUUAAUAUUAGAAGAUAAUUUUGCUUCCAUUGAUAAGAAUACCUGGAGCUACGAAAUACAGAGAGGUGGAUUUGGAAGUGGAAGUUUUGAAUGGACUACAGAGGAUCCCAAGAAUGCCUACACGGAUGCGGAGGGUCUUCAUAUCGUACCGACCUUGACCAUCGAAAGCACCGACAUCACGAAGGAGCAACUGAUUGACAACUUCGUGCUCAAUCUGACCACUUCUGGUGAAUGCACUACUACGGGGAUUGACAAUUGCUCCAUUAGGAGUAACAAGACUGCCGGGACUAUAGUCAACCCUGUUCGAAGUGCACGUCUAUCCACCAAGGGAAAGAAGCAGAUCACAUAUGGAAAGGUUGAAGUGGUCGCAAAGAUGCCGCGCGGAGAUUGGCUCUGGCCUGCCAUUUGGAUGAUGCCUUCGGAGGACAAAUACGGAAUCUGGCCGAAGAGCGGAGAAAUUGAUAUUGCCGAGAGUAGAGGUAACAAUGGUGAUGAUUACACCAGUGGAGGGAGAGAUUCAUUGAUCAGUGCCCUGCACUGGGGGCCGCUUUCCGAAGCCGAUGCGUUCUGGAAGACCUCGGGACAGCACCGAAUUCGAAGAACAGACUAUUCAGAAGCUUACCAUACAUUCGGUCUUGAGUGGAGCGAAAACUAUCUCUACACCUACAUUGAUAGCAGACUACUUCAAGUCUUUUUCAUUCGAUUCAACUCGAAAUACCGCAACAUGUGGGAUCGCGGCGAGUUCGGUAAAGCGCUUGUCAAUCACUCUGCGCUGUACGAUCCAUGGUCCCAGACUGGCAAGCCAAACACACCUUUCGAUCAGGACUUCUACCUCAUCCUCAAUGUUGCUGUAGGCAGCACCAAUGGAUUCUUCCCUGACGGUGUUGGCAACAAGCCUUGGGGUGAUCAGUCCCCGACGGCCAUGAAAGAGUUUUGGGACGGACAGGGCGCCUGGUACCCUACCUGGGGCGAGGGAGAUACGCGGGGCCUCACAGUGAAGAGCGUCAAGAUGUGGCGCCAGGGUGCAUGUUGAUUGAAUUCGAAUGCAUAGAUGAUGAUUCACGAACAGACUGUACAUAGUUUU